AUGGCCGGAGCCAAGGUAGCAACUGUCACCACCGUCGCUGUCGCAGUCCCCACCCUGGCGAGCGUGAGGAUGCUGUCGUGGGCGAGGGCGCACCUCAUCCCGAACGGGCAGGGGCUCAUCAUCUCCACCGUCACCGGGAUGGCCUACUUCAUCAUCGCCAACAAGACCAUCCUCUCAAUGGCCAGGAAGCACUCCUUCGAGGACGCGCCGGACCACCUCAAGAACACCCUCUUCCACUGUUUACGCUAUAAUGGAUCCAUUAGUAGUGUGUAA